UCCUUGGCUCAUGCCACAUGUCCCUGUGCCUGCGUCUCUGUCCAGCAGACUCCUGUUCACCCAUUGCAGGGGGCUCGGAAUCUGCCCGCCUCAGCAUUCUGAGCAGUUAGUAGGCGUUGAGGUGGCCUCCUUGUCUGCCGGUAGACUUUUCCUCUACAGGUCAUCAUGGAGGCAUAGUGCAUUUCCAAGAGGCUCACCGAAGACAUGCCUGCCCAGUGAUUUUGACUGCAUAGAAACAUCUCUUUGCCUGGAUUCAAUAGAACAUAAACAAACUUGGGCUACAGGUGCUAAAUAUGGCAAUUGCAUUUGCUGCUCUCACGUUGGCAGUAGGGUAUGAAACUUAUGUGCGGGAAAUUCAGAAAUCAAUCUCCUCCGUAAAUAUUGAUAUGAAAAAUUCCAUUUUUGGACAAUCACCAGCACUGGGAAACAUUACUCAGCACAGACAGAGUACAGAAUUAAGGGCAAAUAUUAGGACGGGCAAACAAGGACUAGGUCUUAUAAUCAUACAGAAUGGACCAUACCUCCAGAUAAUGUGCCUUGUUGAGAAAAGCUCUGCAGCUAAAGAUGGAAAGCUGAAACCAGGUGAUGUUCUAAUAAAGAUUGGACAUGCUGACGUUUUAGGAUGUACUCUGCAAGAGCUUCGGAAAAUCCUGCGCAAUAUUCCUGUAGGGACUACUCUACAAAUCAGGGUUUACAGAAAUUUUAUUGAAGUACCUCAACACUGGCAGAGUGCAGUUGAAUUAAUACCUGAAGUAAAGCUUCCUGUGAUGACAGAAGACACAAGUGAAGACACUGAGGAUGAAGACAUUGGGACCAGUAGUGAUGAUGAUACAGACUUGGAAACUUUUCGGUAUACAUCUUCCCAGUCAUCCUGUUCUGAGUUUACUCAUGAAUUAUCAUCAAUAUACAAGAGUUGACAUGUAUCUGAUACAAUCCAGACACUUACAGAAGGGAGAAACAGUGGAUGUGACAUUGCUCUUCAUAAUUGUGUUGACGCACUGUGCAAUUCUGAGUUUGAUGCUAGUGGUGUUGGACCCCCUUCAUAUCGGGCUGUGGAAAACAGUGAGACCAGUUCCUCUUCUCACUCUUCUGUAUAAGACACAACCUGUCUGAAGGAACUUGCCUUUGCUUUGGAAUAAAACUUCAAAACUUUGACUUCUUCAGAA